GGCUCUGGGGACCCCAUGUCAUUGUCCCGCACCCCCCCUCAGAGCGUGGUGAGCCGCGUGGGCAGCCUGCCCCUGGUGAGCUGUGCCUGCGGGGCCGUGGCCGCGGCGUACGGGCGCGCCAAGGAGCGGCACCCGAGCGUGGGCUCCGUCUGCAGCGCGGCCGAGAGCGGCCUGAGGACCCUGAGAGCGGCGGCCGCCAGCGGGGCCCGGCCCCUCCUCACCCGGCUGGAGCCCCAGAUUUCCACCGCCAACAAGUUGGCCUGCAGAGGGCUGGACAAGCUGGAGGAGACGCUGCCCGUGCUGCAGCAGCCCCCCGAGAGGGUGGUGGCCGGGACCAGGGCGCUGGUGUCGGGCACAGUGAGCGGGGUGGCAGCGAGGACGCGCUCGGCGCUCGGGGCCGUGGUUGGCACCCGCGUGGGGCGGCUGCUGGCCUCGGGCGUGGGCACCGUGCUGGGCAAGUCAGAGCAGCUGCUGGAUCGGUACCUCCCCGGGAUGGACCGGGAGCUGGUGGCAGCGGCAGCAGGCACGGAGGCGACCACGGGCACGGAGGUGACCACGGGCAUGGAGGUGACCACGGGCAUGGAGGUAACCAUGGGCACAAUGGUUACCAGGGGCAUGGAGGUGGCCACAGGGACAGAGGUGACCAGGGGCACGGAGGUGACCACGGGCACGGAGGUGACCACGGGCACGGAGGUGGCCCCGCAGGAGCGGCAGAGGCGCUGGCAGAGCUACUUUGUCCGCGUGGGCUCCCUGUCGGCCAGGCUGCCCCACCGGGCCCUGCGGCGCUCGCUGGGCGACCUGCAGCGGGCACGGCUCCGUGCCCAGCGGCUCCUGGGCCAGCUGCACCACGUCAUCCGGCUGAUCGAGGAGGGGCAGCAGGGCACGGACGGGCCCUGGCACAGCGCCCGGGAGCACCUGCACCAGCUGUGGCUGGAGUGGAGCCAGCAGGACGCGGUGCCCAUGGAGGACGGCGAGGUACGGGCUGGAGGGACCGGGGGGGACAGAUGGCACCAUCUGGAGAGGGUGGGGACAGCGGCCAUUGAGUCCCUGGAGGUGGGGACACGUGGCGAGGGGACACCUGGGGUGGGGACACCUGGAGCAGGGGUGGAGCAGCAGCCAUGGAGUCCAGCUGUGGCUCCAUCCAGCAGUGGGUCCAUCCAGCUGUGGCUCCAUCCAGCUAUGGAUCCAUCCAGCCAUGGAGUCCAGCUGUGGCUCCAUCCAGCUGUGGGUCCAUCCAGCUGUGGGUCCAUCCAGCUGUGGGUCCAUCCAGCUAUGGAUCCAUCCAGCCAUGGAGUCCAGCUGUGGCUCCAUCCAGCUGUGGCUCCAUCCAGGCAGGGCUGGGGCCCAUCACCCCCAGCCCCGCUGCCCUCUGCCCACCCCGCAGGUGGAGGCUCGGACUCUGGCCAUGCUCCAGGGGCUCCUGCAGCAGCUCCACGCCGCCUGCUCCCACCUGGCGGCGGGCGCGCGGGCGUUCCCCAGCAGCGUGCAGGAGACGGCGGCACACGUCCGGCACGGCGUGGAGGGCGUGCAGGCCUCCCUGGGCAGCGCCCGCUCCUUGCGGGAGCUGUCGGGGCCGGUGCUGGCGCGGAGCAGGGAGGCGGUGACGCGGGCCCAGCUCGGCCUCGAGGGGCUGCUGGAGCACGUGGGGCAGCACACGCCCCUGCCCUGGCUCCUGGGGCCCUUCGCCCCCGCGCUGGUGGAGUGCCCGGAGGACGCCCCGGUGGACAUGUCCAAGUGGGAGGGCUGCGUCACCGCGGGGGGCACGCGCCGGGUGCCCGCUGCCCCCCAGCUCCGCGGCCGCCACUGAGGUGUCGCCGAGCGGGGGCACCCGCCCGGGGGCAUGAGCCCCAAUGCCGUCAGGAACGAGGGGUGAGGGAGCUGGUGACCCGGCGUGGGACCCCAUUGCCCCUCCUGUGGGGAUGGUGGCGCGUGGAGGACGCAGCGUGAGCCCGUCUGGGAUCCAGCGCUGCCCUAAGCCCCGGGAAUACUGGAAUUUUGUGUCUUAACAGCUUCAAACCGGUUUAAAGAGGAAGAAAACAACUUUUUUGGCCUUAAAA